AUGACGAUACUCUCGGUAGUGGGAGGCAAGGGCCCUGGCCCGAUUGAAGGGGAAGAACCAGAACGAGUGUCGAGAUCCCUUCAUCAGAAUGCGCUAACAGCGGAGGAAUUGGGUUUCUUUAAUGAAGUAAAAAAUUUCUUAGGCAGCAGCGUCAAUGAACAAAUGCUCGUGCAGGCUAUCAAGAGUCAUGGGUCUCACAUCCAACCACAUUUAAGUGGUAAUAAUGUUUUAAAUGAUGUCAUCAGUCUUUAUUUUGAUCGAAUGGAAUCGGUCGAGAAGCCAAAUAAGCAAGUCCGAUUUGACGAGCAUUUGGAUGUUCCUGCUCCAGCUUCAUCAAUUAGCCGUCCAUAUUCUUUUAAGACACGUGGUACAACGAUGGAGGAACCAAAAGUAAUCGAUCUAGCAUCAGAUGAGGAUAAAGGUGUUCAGAAAUGGGGAAAUAUACCACGAAGUGUGUUGGGAAAUCGAGAAGAGCAGGAUGUUAUUAAAGCUAUUGAAGAAUCCUUGAAAGACAAUCACAACAUUUCUGGUUUCUCUCCUUUUGCUCAGAAGGAUCCGGAAAAUCCAUAUGAAAGGCGGCGAUGCGGUUUAGCGCCUGUGGGACUGAAAAAUAUAGGCAACAGUUGUUGGUUCAACGUUAUUGUACAAACACUGUUUCACAUACCACGUUUCCGCCAAAUGUUAUUUGACAUACCAAUCAAAAAUAGGACGAAACAUAUUACUGGCAAAUCAAAUUCCUGGGGAAAUGAGUCAAGUCAACUUAAUGAGAGUAACGUGGAUGCGUUAACAACCUCACUUUUAAUAUCUCUCCGUCAACUAGCUGCCUGUCUUAAAGCAUCGUCGCGUGCAUAUGUUGAUCCAACAAAUGUAUUAAAGAUAAUUAACGAAUUGAAUACAAGUUUGAAUAAAGCUGCUCCUUGUAUGGGCAUUCAGCAGGAUGCUACCGAAAUGCUUUUGCGGCUUAUCGAGUGGCUUGAAGUAGCCUUCAGAGUUGAAUCAGUAUCAGAUGUGCACACUUCCUGCUCAUCGGCUUCCGGUGGUUCCUGUGGUGAAAUUAUGGAUAUUAUUGAUGAAAAUAUGGUACCGAGUGGUUCUAGCUCCGAGCAGACAUUAACGCCAGGUGGUGAGGCGUCCUUUGAUAAAUUAACCAGUGAUGAUCUCAAUUCAAAUCUUGCUUCAGAACAUCCAUUUAAUACUCUUUUCCAUGGUUCACAUGUUGAAAUUCGACCUAACGCUGUCGGAGUUUCAUCACCCCUGAAGUUGGCGAAUUCACUACAAAUGAUCAACUUGGAUGUGACUUAUGACAACUUGUACGACUCAUUAGAGGCAUAUCACCUUUCUGAUGCGCCAGCUAAAGAGUUAUGGUUUGAGUCGUUGCCGCCUGUAGUCAUCUUUUCACUGGUUCGGUUUAGUUAUAAAAAUGGUCAAACAGAAAAAGUUCACAGUCAAUUUCAAUUUCCUCGUGUUAUAUAUAUGGACCGCUAUUUGCAUCGAAAUCGUCCAUUUGUGAGUGAGAAACGGAUUGAACGUAAAUCUUUAAAGAAACGGCUUGCACAUAUCAAAUGUGAAUUAGAAGGAUGGGAGAAGUUUCCAGCUGGAGACACGAAAGUACCGCUUCCAUCUUUGAUAGAUGCUGUUAUCAAAUAUGCAUCGUCGGCGACAAAUGGGUUGGAUUUUUUGUUUGCUCUUGAACUGUAUUCAUGUUAUUAUGCUCAUGAAUUUCUUCCUACAAAUUUCCAGUAUUGA